UACCAGCGGUAAGCACUCUCGAAACCCCAAACAAACGUCAAUAGCUUUGUAAGCGACAUGGUUGUAGUUGGCCAAAAAGUUGAGUCUAGUUGGUGUUUUUAGCUUUAUUGCGUUCUUCAAACCACUGUUCACUGGAGGCUAUCUCGCUCCAAAGAGGCGACAGGGCAUCGUCGUGAACUCAGCAAGUUAGCUCGCUAGCACUUAGCAAACUGAUGAAUGUGUGCUGCCGCUGUUAAGGUAGCCAUUUUGAAGCCGUGUUGUUUCAACGAAACCAGAUCCAUUUUGUUCCUGUGUAUACAUCUUUAAACCAUCAGCAGCCAGCGUGAAAAACUGCACUGAAACUUCCUUGUGACGAACAGACACAUAUAACGCUUGCUUUAAAAAAAACAAAAAACUUGCAACUUCAAAGAAAAAUUAGGUUGAUUCAGCUUACUUUUUUUAAAAUCCACUUUGCAAUUGAAUUGCUCUUUAUGAAGACACAAAGACCGUCUUGGCUUGCAGAUGAUUUUCAUUUAGCUUCUGAGCUUGCAUAUCUAUGAAAUCAAGGCUACAUCCUUUAUCUGCUUUAAUCAAAAAUCAUCAGAUAAUUGAAUGGGCAGCCUACACAUGUGAUAUUAAAAAUUGUAAAGAUAAACAGGAAAUAUCAUGCACACUUCAACAGCGCCCCAAUUUCACUAACCAAAACUGAAAAUGCUGGCAAUGUAACAUAGGGUAUUCCCUUCAUUUUUUUGUCAUGUGACUUUGAACCUGUUGAGCAUCAUUUUUUUCUUCAAACACAGACAGUCUUUUCACCAGUUUAAUGAGGUGAGCAGUGGGGCUCAAGUGACAACCAUUGCCACGAAAAGACUGUCUCUGAGCACAUUUUUUCUAUUCUGCGUGAGUUGACGUAAAUCUUAAAAUGAUUCGGUGAGAGAUAGACACAAAAGAAACUGGCACGCAGUGUGGCAGGACAACAUCCGUCUUUUCCUCCAUCUGGUGCGCAAGUGGAACUGCUUCACAAACUGCUGUCCAUGAUUCAGGGCAGACAACUUUCACAGACUUCUUUCUCGCAAUAGGAAAAACAAAACAAGGGACAGUCUGGCCUUCUCCUGCCAGUGCGAAAAAAAAAUCCUCUAUCAAAUCACUUAAUUUGCUAAUUUGCAUAUAAAAAAUUUGCUUUGAAGACAUACUCCUAAAUUGGUAGCCUAAAUGGCUUCAAGUGAAUAAGUAAAGAAGUGAGCUUGCUUUUGGGGAAAAACAAACAUUACCUGGACUGGAAACUUCAUCCGUCGGAGACGUGACAGGAGCUGCCUUGAGAGUCGCAUUCAACAAGGGGAAAUCUUUCCUUGCAGACCUUCCUUGUGCCCUUUGAAAUAUACUUCCAGCUUUGGACAAUUCUCUGGAUCGCCCUUCCAGAUCAUUCCUGCAACCCUUAGACCCAUUUUCCAGUGUUUCACCCUGGACAAAAGGAUCACCCUCUGGAGAAAGGGGCUGCAUUGUCCUGGUGGAGAGGGGGUCGUCGGUGUGCUGCUCCCCAUCUGUCAGUGCACGCAGACUGUGGUCCACGCCAAUAGGCCUGAGGAACCAAGCCCAGUUGGACCGAGAGGAGGCAUAGGACUUCAGAGCCAUUGACUCUGGGAUCCUGGCCAUGAGGUUUGAUGCCUCAAUCCACUGACCAGAAACACUGGACCUAAAUGGCGCAGCAUGACUUUGUCCCUGCCUGGCUUAACUUCUCUACACCCCAGCCUGCCAAGUCCCCUGCUGCCAACCUUGACAAACAAGGUGAGCCCCAUCAUCACAGAGACGGCAGAGCUGCUGUAAGCCGCCGCCGCCACAACUCUUCUGAUGGUUUCUUCAACAACGGCUCUCUGCGCGCUCCAGCAGGAGAUGGUUGGCAGCAGCCUUCCCUGCUUUUGAGACACGACUCGGUGGACUCAGGGGUGGCCAAAGGAGGACAUGGUGGGCUGGCAGGGGGAUCGUGUUGGAAGGAAACACCCAGCUGGCAUGGAGCUCCCAGGGGCUCCCAGGACUGCCACCACCACCAGGGACGCCACCCCAAACGGGGAGGUGGCGACAGGGACAGGCAGGGGGGGCACCGGCAGCGCAAUGGUAACUUUCAUUCCCGCAAGGGCACCUCGUACCAGGACAAGUUUCCCAAUGAGGAGCGCAAAGAUGGCAAAGACGAUAAGCUGAAGUUUGUGGAAGAGGACUUUCCUUCCCUAAACCCUGAAACGACUGGAAAGCCUGGGAGUCAAAUUCGAGCAGUGGCUCCACAUGCUGGAGUUUGGGAAAACCCCCCUAGUGGCAAACAGAUGGUGUCCAAAAUGCUGGUGAUCAAGAAAGUUUCCAAGGAGGACCCCAGCACAGCUUUCUCUGCUGGCUUUGCCACGGCUGGCAUACAGCCCACCAACGGCAACAAAGCUCCCCUCGCAGGCUCCAGCGUCUACAAGAACCUGGUUCCAAAACCUGCCGUGGCCCCCACCAAAAGCACCCAGUGGAAGUCCGGUGGUAGAGAAAUCGCAAAGUCUGGCCUCCACAUGCCAGGCAGAGACUCAGUCUUCACCAGUCCCGUCUCUACAGCCAAACCGAGCACCCCAGUUAGCGCGCCGCAGCACAACAAUCCAAAAGAGCAGCCAUCCAGCACAACUCCUCCCAUAGACAUCGCCCCGUCGCGGCUCAAGCUGAUGCGUCGCGGUCCAGACCGUAAGAGUGAGUUCCUGCGAGCUCUGAAGGACGAGGGCACCGGAGAGCUGACCACGAGCAGCAGCCCGGGAACAUCAGGAGAGGGUGAAAGCAACACCCCGGAGCCCAAACCUUACAGUGAAGAAGUCUGCCAUGAGAACGGUCUGUCCUACUCCCUCAGUGACUCAGACACCGAACACCUGUCUAGCUCUCUGGAGGCUGAGCACAGGUUGCUGAAGGCCAUGGGCUGGCAGGAGUAUCCAGAGAACGAUGACAACUUCCUGCCUCUGACGGAGGAUGAGCUGAGAGAGUUCCAGACUAAAACUGAACAGCUGAGGAAAAACGGCAUGCAGAGGAACGGGGUUCUCCCACGGGCGCGGGGCGUGACCCUCCACUUCACCCCCUGGAGGAGUGUGGCGGAGGCACACGUGGAGGAAGGCUCGGAGUCAGAAACCAGUAGCAGCAGCAGCAGCAGUCAGACCUCGGACGACGACGACUGCAUCAAAUCAUAACGUGGCUUUACGGAACAAAAAGAAGAAAAGAAAAAAAAAAAAACAAAAAAAAAACCAACAACACAACAGCCAACAACACAUCCCACUUCGCAAUUCCCGUCUCCCUCUUUCAUCGUUGUUUUUAGAGCACCAUUUUUGAAUUUCUUUUUUUGAUUUUAUUUUAUUUUUUUGAUUUUUGUUGUUGUUCUUGCACAAGGGAAAAACCAAUCAUAUCCCAGUGAAGGGGGAGAUUCCUGCUCUGCCAGACGUCAUUUUCCCUGCGUUUCCUCCUUCACUGCAGACCCUGCCCCUCUCUCACUCAGCCACCCUCACCUUCCUCCUCUUCCUCCACCACCUCUUCUUCCUUUUUUUUUUUCUUCCUCGCUUUGUGGAACUGAAGUGUUCAUCAAGAGAAGAAGGGCAACAAAUGCACACUUGAUUCUGCUUCAAAAAGACUAACUCAUUUCAUUGAUGAUGCUGAUGACACAUUAUUAAUGAUAUUAAUAAAAAUUGGUUCCUGACAAGCUGAUAUGUUUCAAUAUG